UGUGUUGCUAUUUUGUUUGAGUAAUCUAGCUGCUGACACGAUGACUGUUGGAUCUUGGGAGUGUACGACUAUCAAAUUCGGAGAUGCAGCACACCACGAUAUCCUGGCUUCGGCUGGGCUUGAAAUAACCGUUUUGCUGUCCUCCGCUCUUUGCAUCAGUGGCUUCCUAGGUUCGUGCGAGGGCAUGUGUGGAGCUAUGAUGUGUGUCUACGAGAAAGAAAAUGUAGAGAGAGUCGAAUUGGCAUUCGCAUCAAGCGCAUUGCGCAUUUUUCGAACUUUGGCCCCCUUCCAGGGACCUUGAUUUUUACCCGCUGGCACUGACGUCUUUUCAUUGGUCAGCCGGUUAGCGCGGUCGAUGCUAAUAAUAAAAAAACACACACACAGACAACCAGGCAGAGGGCAGACUCUAGACAGAGGAGUAGGGUACAGGUUCUGCUGCAGACCAGAACAGCUCUACGCAGGGGCGGACCAUGCCAUGUGCGGAAGGUGAGCUGUGCGCUCAACAGGAUAAGACGCCGCAGGCCCCACACGGCUACCCUUGCAAGGGAGGAUGUGGCGGGCGGCUCCACGGCAAUUGCGGCAGCAUGUUUGGCGACAAGGAACAGCACCGCAUCUGCAGUGCGUGCGUCGCCAAGGACGGCAAGCGCAAGGCGCCAGCAGCUGACACCGGUGGAAGGGGACAAUCUAAACGCCCGAAGGUCACGAAUGGGGGGAGUAAGAAGUCUCAGCCUUCUCGUAAGGGGCGUCGUGCGCGGCCGGAUUUGGACGCCAAGCUUGAGAUGCUGAAGCUCAUGGAUGCCAAGGUCACUCAUGAGCAGAUAGCGGACCGCUUCGCGUGCUCGGUACGGCUGGUCCGGGAUGUGAAGAAAGACCGGCAGAAGCCUCCAUUGGAAGCUCAUGCGCAGGCGCACGUACCUUUCCACCUUCGAGGAGCGGAAGACGGCGCGGGGCUCCAGGGCAUGUUCUUCAAGGAUCGACUGUCUGCCAUCAUGUCCGCCAAUGCCGACGGUACUGCGAAGGUCCCAAUGGCCAUCAUCGGGAAGGCGAAGGAACCCCGCUGCUUCAAGGACACGCCUUCGCCUCUGAAGUACUUCUCGCAGGCCAACGCGUGGUCCGACACCGACACCUUCCUCAAGUGGUGGCGUGACGUCUUCCUCCCGUUCGUUCGGCGCUUCACUCACGAACCUGUGCUGCUGCUGAUGGAUGGCUGUUCGUCUCACGGUGAUCUAGUGGAUGAUCGGGGGCAAGUUACCUCCAAGUUCUACCCUCCGCUGUGCACCUCCGUACACCAGCCCAUAGGCAUGGGGAUCAUAGCCAAGACGAAGUGCAACUACAGGAAGGAGCUGCUCGACGUGAAGGUAUCAACCAUGUUGGUGGCUGACACCCUUCGUGCCGAGGCCAAAGCCCGCAACAUGAAGGCCGGGACGAUGGGGCUGACGGAAGGGCACCAACCUCACGUGCGGGAUGCCGCUGAACUCCUCGAGAAAACAUGGGCCAACGUCACGGCCCAGGACAUCGCCAGAUCAUAUAAUUUCGACGGAGUAUUCCACAUCCUGGCCCGGUUCCAGACCGCCGAGCCUGACUUGAAGGCUCUCACGGAGACUGUCAACAAGUUGAGCACGAGCGUGCACGAGGCGCAGCAGCAGGGAUCCCGAAUCGAAGACGAGGACAUCGCCGAACUGUUGGCAGAACUCCGCAUCGAACCCGGAAAGCGGAUCGAGGAGGAAGCGGUGAACGCGAUUCAGGGGUGGGCUACUAUCGAGGACGAUGAUGAAGUCGUUGAGGCUAUCAAGCUGGAUACGGUGGACGACAUGACGGCACAGCUGAAUGGGGUGCAUGUGUCUGCCGGCCGCGAGGAGGAGGACGAACAGGAGGAGGACAGGGGCGAUGAGGACACGGGGCGUGUGCGCCGUGCCCCACCGGCGUAUGGUGAACUGUCGUCUUACUUCGGCGUCCUGGAAGCGGCAGCAGAGGAGAGUGGCAACGGAGUAGCGGCGCUCUAUCUAGCGAAAGCGAAGAUGGCGAUGAUAGUAGCGCAUUCCGCUACGCGGGUGCGCCAGGUGGACAUGAGAGAAUUUGUCGCGACGCAGCGAGGAUGCGGUUUGUGCCGGUCACAGCCUUCUCGAGUGCAUGAUGUGUGUUUCCCUUUCGCCGUCGACUAGUCUUGGUGAGGCACUGCUGUAGCCCGAAAUGCAACGAUCUUAUUUUACAAAAAUCUUGUGGACUCGACAGGGUGAAACCGCAACUGUCGCGGGAAAGAAAGUCUGCCCAGGCCUACACUAGAACUUCACAUUACAGCAGUGUCGAUCCAUUUCGUACUACCG